CUUCAUACUCUAAUAUAAAUUAUACUUAUACUUAACUAUGGUUUACUAGUAGUACCCUUUACGUACUCGGCAAUAUUCGCACAUUUAAAGAAAGAAAACAAUUUCUUUUUAUUAUACAAAAACACUACCUCACUUCCUGUCAUCCCCACUACCGCACUCACAUGAUGGCCGCCUAGUGCGGCGCUGCCUCAUUCCUUUUCUGUGCGCGGCAGUGUUCGCACGUAAUAAUAGCACAAAAAUAUAUUUUUUCUCAAAAAAAAAAAAAAAAGUAAUAAUGCCGAAACAAAAGCGUUCUGCGGAAGAAAAGAUGGAAUAUUAUAAAAAUAAAAUUCGGAAAUAUGAAUUACGACGACAAGGCGCUGGUCAACAACCUAACCAGAGUCCCUCCGGUUAUACACCAUGCAUGGACUAUUCGGAAGAAGGGCCUAUAAUUGAGGCGAUACCAGUGGAUCCUGUCGAUGAUACAGUAAACGAUAGUGACGACUCCUUCGAAACCAUCCCGUCUACUACAGCUGAUCCGGUAUUAGACCCGUCAUCAGGUGCCGAAGAAACAGUUCCUAAUAAUCCUGAAAUCGAGAACGUGGUACCUGAAAUAGACCCGGAACUUUUACAAGCCUUAGGCGAAGUAACAGAAGGGACUCCUGAAUUCGGGGAAAAGAUCCACGAAAACCUAGCACAACUGUGGGCACCCCUGCUUAAGAAAGGAUUAUCAAAGGAGAGUAAGGAAAAGCUUACGAAAGAUUAUCUUAUUCCCGAAAAUUGUAAGUUAUUUCAAGCACCUAAACUAAAUGCUGAAAUAACAGCAGCUAUUUCAGAACUAGCAAGGAACCGGGACAAGAAAAUGAUGGCAACCCAACAACAGUUAGGCAUUGGCCUAACGGCUGUCAAUAGAGCCAUGACAAUCCUUCUAACCAGCGAUAACAAAGUUAAGGCAAUGAAGUAUUUAAGCGACGGGUGCCGCAUAUUAUGCGAUUUACAUCAGCAACAGGGUUAUUAUCGAACAAAAUGCAUAACGCCUUGCCUUGAUAAAUCGUUCUGCCAAGUAAUACAAGACGUAGAAAGAGACGAAACUCUGUUUGGCGCUAAGUUGUCGGACCAAAUAAAGGCCUCUAAGGCUAUAGAACGUCAAGGCCUUCAAAUUAAGAAGUCUAAUCCGAAACAAUCUACGUGUCAAACCACAGCUGGACGACCUGCAUCUGUUCCGGGAAACUGGGCAGGUCCUGCUCGCUCGACGAACAGGGGGGGGCGAGGAGGCAACCGGAGAGGCGGUCAUGCACCGCAGCACAACGCACCGCGAGCCCCUCCACCGCAAGCUCAGACAUCAACCCAGCAACAAGCUGUCAGGAUGCGUGCACCACCGCAGCAGCAGCAGCAGCAGCGCCGCUAAAUCAGACGCGUGCAUCCCCUACACCGACAGCUUACGCUGGGUGCCGCGAAAGUCUGCGGACAGCAUUUGUGCGGAGAGGGACGCCAACAUCGGCACUUAAUCUGAUGCUUGCUUCACUCUCAGAUAAUACGCUUAAACAGUAUAAUGUAAGUUUGAAAUUUUGGUGGCAGUAUUGCGCCAGUAACGGAAUUGAUACAUAUGAAGGGUCAAUUCAAUCUGUUAUUAGUUUUUUAUCCGAACAGUUUGACAAAGGCGCGUCUUUUAGUUCCUUAAAUACCCACCGAUCGGCUCUCUCUUUAUUAUUGGGCGGUCAUAUUAGCUCCGAUGGUAAUAUAAAACGUUUAUUAAAAGGAGCGUUUAAAUUACGACCGGCAGCACCUAAAUAUAAUUACACAUGGAACCCACAAAUUGUAUUAAAUCACAUUUCUAAUUGGUAUCCAAAUUCAAAUCUAACAAUAGAAAAAAUUACUAAAAAACUUGUCAUAUUGCUUGCUUUAUGCACCGCCCAUAGAGUUCAAACAUUUUCCUUAAUAAAAGUACAAAAUAUAAACAUUACGCCAAACGGAAUAUACAUAAAUAUAUCGGAUAUUAUUAAGACGUCUGCCCCGGGGCGAGAGCAGCCCGUCCUACAUCUUCCCUACUUUUCUGAAAACCCUUCUAUAUGCCCAGCUACUGCGUUAAAAGAUUACUUAACGAUAACUGAACAUAUCAGACCAACAGGCGUGGACAGGUUACUGUUGACCCAUAAACAGCCACACAGAUUUGCCACAUCACAAACCAUAAGCAGGUGGUUAAAGCAAGUAUUAUCAGAGAGCGGAGUAGACACAUCCAUUUUUAGUGCCCAUAGCACGCGUCACGCGGCCACGUCUGCCGCAGCGUCCGCUGGUGUCUCCAUCGAGACUAUCAGACGCACAGCAGGCUGGACCGAAGAUUCUAACACAUUUGCAAAAUUCUACCAUAGAAAAAUAAUAACUGGAAAUGAUUUUGCUAGCUACCUAUUAAAUCCAUCGCAUUUGGA